GUAAAAGGGAGUGAAGGUGGUACUUUGAGAAGGCGAAGCCACUCUCAGACUUUGUGGCCUUGUCAGACUUCACUCUGAGAUGGAUCAGACCCAAUUGUCCAUAGAUCAGUCCCCACUCUCCCUCUGUUUAUAGGACCCACCACAUCCCCCCUCUUCUCCCUCCACACUCAUCACAACACAACACUCUCACACACCUUCAUACACACACUUUUUCACUCCCCCUUGCUUUCUCCAUAUACACACCCUCACAUCACAAUUCACACAACCCUCUCUCCCAUUAUUUCCUCUCAUGGACAAGACAACGUCAACAACAACCUCCGAGAGAGAAACCCACGACUUCAUGAACGUCGACUCGUUCUCCCAACUCCCUUUCAUCCGCCCGGCUCCUCUCCUCAAAGAGAAGCCAGCCAUUCGCCUCUUUGGCAUCGAAUUCGCCGGCGAAAACAACAACAAUAACAACACCUCUGUUGUUGUCGCUUCGGCCGAUGACUCUGAAUCUGUCGAAACAACAACCAACAACAAUAACAACAACAACCUCAACUCAUUCGACCUCGACCCCACCAACAAGGAUGACACCGCCACCGCCACCAAUAGCACGAACGGCGAGAGUAGCCGCCGCUUCGAGUGCCACUACUGCUGCCGCAACUUCCCCACCUCCCAAGCCCUCGGCGGCCACCAGAACGCCCACAAACGCGAACGCCAGCACGCCAAACGCGCGCACCUCCAGUCCACGAUGGUGCAGGGCAGCACCUUCUCCGACGCGCACCACGUCUACAACCUCAUGAACUACCGCUACGGUUCCACUCCACCACCACCACCACCAACAAUGCCUUAUCCAACAUGGAACAACAACAACAACACCACGCGCUUCUACGGAACAACAACGACUUCGUUUUCUCACCACCACCACCACCAACACCAACAACCUAUUAACGGAAGCCCCUUAGCGUUUUGGAGAAUCCCUAAUGGCUCCACCAAUAAUAACAACCCUAGUUUCAGCCACGAGCAUUCGUCGUUGCCGCCUUUGUUCGCGACCGAGGAAAUAGCGAACGUGAGAACCUCGCAGGUUGUCGGAGCCUCGGGGCCAACGCAAAAUCGCUACGUGUAUGACUCGAAACGCGACCGUACUGGGGAAACUGUUUCACACGUGUGGGAUUAUGGAAAGGGUAAGAGACAGUUGUGUGCGCAUGAACAAUUUGUCGAGACACACGUGUGCCGAAAUCCAUCAUAUUGUCCAGGCAGGUGGGGUGAUGAGAGAGGUGGGUUUCUGAUUCAAUGCAAUUGUAAUUGUGAAAGGUCAUGAUGAUAAGGUUUGAUGGGUCUGCUCAAUUUUUGCAGAAAGAAAGUGAUAUUUCCAUGCGAUUAGCAGGCACCAUUGCUCCCCCAAAAUUAAUUAAUUUCUUUCAAAAUUUACAUGUGUGGUGAAUAUAUCUUCCUUUUUCUUUUUUCUUUUUUUGUUUUUCACUCGCUUAUUUACACCAGUGCAAAUUGUAGAUAGAGAAUUAAUGAAAUGACAGGCAUAUGAAUGAAUAUGAAGAAUUGAAGAUUCAUAGA